CAGAAUGACAUAACUAGAGCAUGAUGUCAUCUUAUUAAAACCGAAAUACAUUGGCAAUUACUGGAUUGAUAACAGAGAUAAUUCCAUCUUGGUGAAAUAAUUGAGUCGAUUCUGACGAUUUUUCUAUUGAAGUGAACAGUGAAAAAGUUUUUCGUUUUUGGUGACGUAAAUUUUCCGUUGAAAAAUGGAUCAAAUUCCUCCACCGAAGGAGAUCAAAAUCCUCGAAACAGCAGAGGAUAUUCAGGAGAGACGUCAGCAGGUAUUAUCUCGCUAUGACAACUUCAAAGCUGACGCCAGAGCUAAAAGGGAAAAGCUAGAAGAUUCCAGGAGGUUUCAGUAUUUUAAAAGAGAUGCCGAUGAACUAGAAUCGUGGAUAUUGGAAAAACUGCAGGCAGCUUCAGAUGACAGCUACAAAGAUCCAACUAAUCUACAGGCUAAAAUCCAGAAACACCAGGCCUUUGAAGCAGAAGUAUCAGCGCACAGCAAUGCCAUUGUUGUGUUGGACAAUACUGGUCGUGAAAUGAUUAACCAAAAUCAUUAUGAAUCUGAGACAAUCAGAAGACGGCUAGAUGAGCUUCACAGACUGUGGGAACAGCUUCUCCUCAAGCUUGCGGAGAAGGGCAACAGACUCCAACAGGCCCUCGUCCUGGUACAGUUCAUUCGUCAUUGCGACGAAGUGAUGUUCUGGAUCAACGAGAAGAGCACUUUCCUAUCGACAGAAGAGUUCGGUUCCGACUUGGAGCAUGUCGAGGUCCUCCAGCGUAAAUUCGACGAAUUUCAGAAAGACAUGGCAUCGCAGGAGUACAGGGUCACUGAGGUGAACGAACUGGCCGACAAGCUGUUGCAAGAGGGCCACCCCGAAAGGGACCAGAUCGUCCAGAGGAAGGAGGACCUCAACAAUGCUUGGCAGCGGUUGAAGCAGUUGACUUUGAUGAGACAGGAUAAACUAUAUGGGGCCCACGAGAUACAGAGAUUCAACAGGGAUGCUGAUGAAACUGUUGCCUGGAUUGCGGAGAAAGAUGUCGUUUUGUCUUCUGACGAUUACGGGAGGGACUUGGCAAGUGUGCAAGCUUUGCAAAGGAAACAUGAAGGCGUUGAGAGAGACUUGGCUGCUUUGGAAGACAAGGUUUCUACAUUAGGAAAGGAAGCCGAUAGAUUGGGUGCAAUACAUGGGGAUCAUGGGGAUCAGAUUCAAUCUAAAAGGAACGAAAUUCAAGACUAUUGGCAAAGUUUGACAGCUAAAGCAAAAGAACGUCGCGAGAAACUCGAGGAGUCCUACUCCCUGCACAGGUUCCUGGCCGACUUCAGGGACCUUAUCUCCUGGAUAAACGACAUGAAGGCGAUAAUUUCUGCUGACGAAUUGGCCAAGGACGUUGCGGGUGCAGAGGCCCUGCUCGAAAGACACCAGGAGCACCGCGGCGAGAUCGACGCCAGAGAAGACAGUUUCAUCUCUACUACCGAGGCUGGCAAACAGUUGUUGGAGAAUGGACAUUACGCAAGCGACGAAGUGAAGGAGAAACUGUUCGCCCUGGCUUCCGACAAGAAUUCUCUACUAGAGCUUUGGGAGGAACGUCGCAUCUUGUACGAACAGUGUAUGGACCUUCAGCUUUUCUACAGGGAUACAGAACAGGCGGACACCUGGAUGGCUAAACAAGAGGCCUUCUUGGCCAACGAGGACCUUGGAGACUCUCUCGACUCGGUCGAAGCUUUGAUCAAGAAACACGAAGAUUUCGAAAAAUCCCUUGCUGCUCAAGAGGAAAAAAUCAAGGCUCUAGAUGAAUUUGCCACCAAGCUCAUCAAUGGUGAACACUACGCUGCCGAUGAUGUGGCUCAAAGAAGAUCAAUGUUAUUGGAGCGCAGAUCGGCUCUGAAAGAGAAAUCCCAUCACAGACGAACACUGCUCGAAGAUGCCUACAAACUACAGCAGUUCGAGAGAGAUUGUGACGAAACUAAGGGCUGGAUCAACGAAAAGCUCAAGUUUGCCACCGACGAAAGCUAUCUAGAUCCUACCAAUUUGGGUGGAAAAGUCCAGAAGCAUCAGAACUUCGAACACGAAUUGAACGCCAAUAAGACCAGGAUGGAAGAUAUCACUUCGACAGGACAGGAGUUGAUCAAUGCUGACCAUUAUGCUGCAUCUUCAAUCAGAAGUCGUAUGGAGGAGAUUGUCAACCUUUGGGAGACUUUGGUACAAGCCACGGACAAGAAGAGUUCCAAACUUCAGGAGGCCAGUGCACAACAGCAGUUCAAUAGAACCAUUGAAGAUAUCGAAUUGUGGUUGUCUGAAAUUGAAGGACAGCUCAUGUCUGAGGACUACGGAAAAGACCUGACAUCUGUGCAGAAUCUUCAGAAGAAACACGCCUUGUUGGAAGCCGAUGUGACUUCCCACCAGGACCGUAUCGAGGCUAUAACAGCAGCAGCCGAUCAGUUCGUGGAAAGGGGCCAUUUCGACUCUGACAACAUCGCCCACAAACAGAAAAUUCUGACUGACAGAUACUCAACCCUUCAAACUCCGAUGGCCAUCCGAAAACAGAGGCUUCUAGAUUCCCAUCAGGUUCAGCAGUUGUUCAGGGAUAUCGAGGAUGAAGAGGCCUGGAUUAGGGAGAAAGAGCCCAUCGCUGCCAGCACAAACAGAGGACGUGACUUGAUCGGCGUUCAGAACCUUAUCAAAAAACACCAGGUGGUGCUUGCAGAGAUCAACAACCACGAUAGUCGCAUCAGUGCAGUCAUCGACUCAGGCAAGCAGAUGAUGGAAGAUGAGCAUUUCGCCAGCGACGAAAUACGUAACAGAGUUACUGCCCUCUAUGAUCACUGGGUGCAAUUGAAGGAGAAAUCCAAUCAGCGUAAACAAGAUCUUGAAGAUUCUCUACAAGCCCAUCAGUACUAUGCAGAUGCCAAUGAGGCUGAAUCCUGGAUGAAAGAGAAAGAACCGAUUGUCAACAAUAUAGAUUAUGGAAAGGACGAAGAUUCCUCUGAGGCCUUAUUGAAAAAACAUGAGGCACUGAUGAGCGACUUGACAGCAUUUGGAAACACCAUCAACGGCUUGAAAGAACAAGCUGCCAAUUGUAGGCAACAAGAACCCCCAGUUGUUGAUGUAACUGGAAGAGAAACUGUACAAGCUUUGUACGAUUAUACCGAAAAGUCAGCGAGAGAAGUCUCCAUGAAGAAGGGGGAUCUACUACACCUACUCAACUCCAACAAUAAGGAUUGGUGGAAAGUAGAAAUCCACGAUCGCCAAGGUUUUGUACCAGCAGCCUACGUCAAGAAAGUAGACGCUGGCUUGACUGCCUCCCAGCAGAACCUCGUUGAUAGCAAUUCGAUUUCGGCUAGACAGAAUCAAAUAAACAAUCAAUACGACAGGCUGAUCGAACUAGCCAAGGAAAGACAGAAGAAGCUGAACGAGACCGUUAAGGCUUACGUGCUUGUGAGAGAGGCUGCCGAGCUCGCAUCUUGGAUUAAAGAUAAGGAGAUGCAUGCACAGGUACAAGAUGUAGGCGAAGACCUGGAACAGGUUGAGGUUAUGCAGAAGAAAUUCGACGACUUCACGACCGAUCUGAAAGCGAACGAGGUGAGGUUGGCUGAAAUGAACGAGAUCGCAAUGCAGUUGGUAUCAUUGGGACAGACAGAAGCGGCUCUUAAGAUCAGAACACAGAUGGAUGAUUUGAACACCAAAUGGACAUCCCUCCAGCAGUUAACAUCUGAAAGGGCCAGUCAAUUGGGUUCUGCCCAUGAAGUCCAGAGAUUCCAUAGGGACGUUGACGAGACCAAAGAUUGGAUUCAGGAGAAAGAUGAAGCUCUUAAUAAUGACGAUCUUGGUAAAGAUCUCAGGAGUGUACAGGCUCUGCAAAGAAAACACGAAGGGCUAGAACGCGAUUUGGCUGCUUUGGGUGAUAAGAUCAAGCAACUCGACGAAACAGCCAACCGACUGGUGCAAAGCCACCCUGAAUCUGCCGAACAGACGAUCGCCAAACAAACCGAGAUCAACGAAGAAUGGACACAGCUUACCGCCAAGGCGAACAGCAGGAAGGAAAAACUCCUGGACUCUUACGACCUCCAGAGGUUCCUGAACGACCACAGGGACCUGAUGGCCUGGAUCAACUCCAUGCUGGGACUGGUCAGUUCCGAGGAGCUCGCCAACGACGUUACCGGCGCUGAGGCUCUAAUCGAAAGACACCAGGAACAUCGAACUGAAAUCGACGCACGCGCCGGCACCUUCCAAACCCUGGAGCAGUUCGGGCAGCAGCUCCUCAGUUCCAACCACUACGCCAGUCCCGAGAUCCAGGAGAAGCUGGAGCAGCUGAACAAGGCUCGCGAGGAACUGGAACAGGCCUGGAUAGAGCGCAGGGUUCAGUUGGACCAGAACCUGGACGCCAACCUGUUCUACAGGGACUGCGAACAGGCAGAGAACUGGAUGUCCGACCGGGAGACUUUCCUAGCUUCUGACGUCGUCGAUUCCUCCGGCGACAACGUGGAGGCGCUGAUCAAGAAGCACGAAGAUUUCGACAAGGCGAUCAAUGCGCAUGAAGAAAAGAUCGCCGCACUACAGACCCUAGCCGACCAGCUGAUAGGCAACGAGCACUACGCUUCGGAACCGAUCGACGACAAGCGCAAACAGGUACUGGACAGGUGGCGCCACCUGAAGGAGGCUCUGAUCGAGAAGCGUUCCAAGCUGGGCGAGAGCCAGACGCUGCAGCAGUUCUCACGCGACGCCGACGAGAUCGAAAAUUGGAUAGCGGAAAAGUUGCAGUUGGCCACGGAGGAGAGCUACAAGGAUCCGGCCAACAUCCAGUCCAAACACCAGAAACAUCAGGCGUUCGAGGCGGAGCUAGCCGCCAACGCUGACCGUAUCCAAUCGGUAUUGGCCAACGGCAACAACCUGAUAGAGAAGAAACAGUGCGCGGGCUCGGAAGAGGCGGUACAGAGACGUCUGGAGAGCAUAGCCGACCAAUGGGAGUACCUGACGCAGAAGACGACCGAGAAAUCGGUCAAACUGAAGGAGGCGAACAAGCAGCGCACCUACAUUGCCGCCGUCAAGGAUCUGGACUUUUGGCUCGGCGAGGUGGAAAGUUUGCUGACCAGCGAGGACGCAGGAAAAGAUCUGGCUUCGGUUCAGAAUUUGAUGAAGAAGCAUCAGCUGGUAGAAGCCGAUAUUCAAGCUCAUGAAGACAGGAUUAAAGACAUGAAUGAUCAAGCUGACUCUCUGAUAGAAAGCGGACAGUUCGACACAGCAUCCAUCCAGGAGAAGCGUCAGUCCAUCAACGAACGAUACGAGCGCAUCAAGAACCUGGCAGCUCAUAGACAGGCCCGUUUGAACGAGGCCAACACCUUGCAUCAAUUCUUCAGGGACAUUGCUGAUGAAGAAUCAUGGAUCAAAGAGAAGAAACUCCUCGUCGGUUCCGACGACUACGGCCGUGACCUAACAGGCGUGCAGAACCUCAAGAAGAAGCACAAGCGUCUCGAGGCAGAGCUAGGCUCCCACGAACCGGCCAUCCAGGCAGUCCAGGAGGCGGGCGAGAAGCUCAUGGACGUGUCAAAUCUGGGCGUGCCCGAAAUCGAGCAGAGACUGAAGGCGCUCAACCAAGCGUGGGCGGAGCUUAAGCAGCUGGCCGCCACAAGAGGGCAGAAGUUGGACGAGUCGCUGCUCUACCAGCAGUUCCUCGCCAAGGUCGAGGAGGAGGAGGCGUGGAUCAGCGAAAAGCAGCAGCUGUUGGGCGUCGAAGAUUACGGAGAUACCAUGGCCGCUGUUCAAGGUCUGCUGAAGAAACACGACGCCUUCGAGACCGACUUCCAGGCCCACCGUGAACGUUGCAAGGACAUAAGCGAUGCUGGCCAGAAACUUGUCGAACAGGGCAACCAUCACACCGAAAGCAUCAACCAACGUAUCCAGACCCUGCAGUCCAAGUUGGACCACCUGGCCUCUCUGGCUGCCAGGAGGAAGGCCAAGCUGGUGGAUAACUCCGCCUACCUGCAGUUCAUGUGGAAGGCGGACGUGGUAGAGAGCUGGAUCGCGGACAAGGAGACCCAUGUCAGAAGCGAAGAGUUCGGAAGGGAUCUGAGUUCGGUACAGACUCUGUUGACCAAGCAGCACACUUUCGAUGCAGGACUCACUGCCUUCGAGAAUGAAGGUAUUCAGAAUAUUACAUCCUUGAAGGAUCAACUUAUAGCGGCAAAACACGAUCAGACGCCAGCCAUAAUUCAAAGACAUGAAGAUGUCAUAGCAAGAUGGCAAACCCUACUGGCAGCUUCUGAUGCGAGAAAGCAACGUUUACUCCGCAUGCAGGAGCAGUUCAGGCAGAUCGAGGAGCUCUUCCUCACCUUCGCCAAGAGGGCGUCCGCCUUCAACUCCUGGUUCGAGAACGCCGAAGAGGACCUCACCGACCCAGUCAGGUGCAACUCCAUCGAGGAGAUCAAGGCCCUGAGGGAGGCGCACGCGCAGUUCCAGGCCUCCCUGUCGAGCGCUCAGGCCGACUUCGAGGCCCUGGCCGCCCUGGACGAGCAGAUAAAGAGCUUCAACGUCGGUCCCAACCCGUACACCUGGUUCAACAUGGAGGCGUUGGAGGACACGUGGAGAAACUUGCAGAAGAUAAUAGCGGAACGGGACGUGGAGCUGAGCAAGGAGGCGCAGAGGCAGGAGGAGAACGAUAAGUUGAGGAAGGAGUUCGCCAAGCACGCCAAUGCGUUCCACCAGUGGCUCACGGAAACCAGAUACCGAAUUUUAGGAUGGGAUGGGACAUCAAUGAUGGAAGGAUCAGGCUCCCUAGAACAACAAUUGGAGGCAACAAAGAGGAAAGCAGCUGAAGUGAGGGCACGAAGGUCGGACUUGAAGAAAAUAGAAGAUCUGGGAGCAAUACUAGAGGAACACCUAAUAUUAGACAACCGUUACACAGAACACUCGACAGUCGGUUUGGCGCAGCAAUGGGAUCAGUUGGACCAGUUAGGUAUGAGAAUGCAGCACAAUUUGGAGCAACAGAUACAGGCCCGCAAUCAAUCUGGUGUGAGCGAGGACGCGCUCAAAGAAUUCUCCAUGAUGUUCAAACACUUCGACAAAGACAAAUCGGGUAAAUUGAAUCACCAAGAAUUCAAGAGCUGUCUAAGAGCGCUAGGCUAUGACCUGCCGAUGGUGGAAGAGGGCCAGCCGGAUCCCGAAUUCGACGCCAUCUUGGACGUGGUGGACCCCAACAGAGAUGGACAUGUGUCCUUGCAGGAAUACAUGGCCUUCAUGAUCAGUAAAGAGACAGAGAACGUACAGAGUUCAGAGGAGAUCGAAAAGGCUUUCAGAGCCAUCACGGCCGGUGAUAGACCUUACGUAACCAAGGAAGAGUUAUACGCUAACCUCACAAAAGAAAUGGCAGAUUAUUGUGUGGCGCGAAUGAGACCAUACACAGAACCAAAAACAGAAAGGCCCAUAGCAGGAGCUUUAGAUUACAUAGAAUUCACACGUACUUUAUUCCAAAAUUAAUAUGGUUGCUGCUUUAUUUGAAUGUUCUAUUUAUAUUUUAAGAAAAAGUAUUUAUUAUAUUAAGAGUUGAAUGAAAUAUCAAAAUAGUUAUAUUUAUUCUGGUGAUUUUGGAGCACACGAUUCAAAAUGUUAGUGUUAAUUUUAUAUGUUCUUUAUAUCAAUUCUGAUCAAUCAAUUAAAGCUUGCUUCUAUCAGCUUGAA